UUUGAGAUUUUAGCUGAUGGUAGACAACUCCGGAUACACUCGGCUAAGGUGAAAGAUCGUGGACGCUAUACGUGUUCAUCACGGAACAGAGCUGGAGAAGAUUCAACAGACUUUAAUCUCAAUGUUUGGGUACCACCAAAAAUUGAUAAUCAGGGCAUUAACCAUAAUCCAAAAGUCAUCGUAAAUAGUUCUAUAACAAUCGACUGCCCAGCCUCCGGGACCCCGCCUCCUCAGAUCACAUGGUAUAAAGACUCUCAACCAAUUGAUAUAAUCGGAAAUCGUCAUCUAUCUGUGGUCAGUCAAGGUACCCAGCUGGUGGUUCAGAGCGCGAGUUUAGAAGACACGGGAAGAUAUACCUGCGUGGCCAGAAAUGAGGCUGGAGAAAUUGAUGAGAAUUUUGAACUGGAUGUUCAAGUGCCACCAAGUAUUCCAGAUUUUGGAAUUAUCCUGAACCCCAAGGCUGUAGAAAAUGACUCAGUAACAUUGGACUGUCCUGCGUUGGGUCACCCUCUACCAGAGAUAGUCUGGCUACAGAACGGUCAAGAACUAGAUUUAGAAGACAACCCCCAUGUUAUGAUACAAGAUAAGGGGAGACGACUGGUGUUUAAUGAAGCGCAAGUUAGUGAUGCAGGAACCUAUACUUGUGUUGCGUCUAACGAGGCAGGGACUAAUGAGAAAAAUUAUGAUCUGGACGUCUGGGUUCCUCCAACAAUCGAUGAAUCUAAUGUGGUGUACAAUCCUAAAGUAAUAAAAGAUCGUCAUGUGAUACUAGAAUGUCCUGUUAGUGGUAAUCCUGUCCCAGAGGUACAGUGGUUAUUUAACGGGGCUCCUGUUCAGAAUACAGACCGUGUUAAGGUGGUGAAAAAUGAUCUACAGUUAGAGAUAUCGCGAGCUCAGGUAGUUGAUACGGCCAGGUAUUCCUGUAUUGCGACUAACGAGGCAGGAGAACUCAGGAGAAACUUUCAACUUGAGGUCUUGGGUGAGUCUUCUUUCUGUUUCCUUACCUAUAUUUGA